AUGGAGGCGUUGACGAGGAUGUUCUCGCUUGCCGGCAAGACGGCCGUGGUCACAGGCGGGACCCGAGGCAUUGGGGCAGCUAUGGCUAUCGCCCUGGCUGAAGCCGGCGCAGACAUCAUUCUGAUCCAGCGUGACGAAAGCAACAAGAGCACAUACAACAGCAUCCAACAGCUGGGGCGAAAGGCCACAAUCGUCACAGCUGAUCUGUCCGAUCAGACGUCCGUGUCCAAGAUCAUACCGGACCUGGUAAAAGCCGGCCAUGAUAUGCACAUCCUGAUCACUUGCGCGGGGGUCCAGAAACGACAUCCCGCACACCAGUUUCCCCUGGAGGAUUGGAACGCCGUGCUACAAGUCAACCUUACGACGGUAUUCACGUUAUGCCGCGACUUCGGCGCCUAUCUCUUGUCAAAACCUGCGCCUGCCUCACGGUCGCAGUCACGGGGAGCUAUCAUCAACGUGGCCUCGCUCUUGACGUUCCAGGGCGGAAUCACCGUGCCGGCAUACGCGGCGUCCAAGGGCGGUGUUGCUCAGCUAACGAAAGCGCUCAGCAACGAGUGGGCCAAGGAGGGGAUCAACGUCAACGCCAUUGCGCCGGGGUAUAUCGAGACGGACAUGAAUGAGGCAUUGAUCGCAAACGAGACCCGAGCGAGGCAGAUUCUCGAAAGGAUCCCCGCAGGACGAUGGGGCGCGCCGGAGGAUUUCAAGGGAGCGGUGGUGUUUUUGGCCAGUGAUGCCAGCCGGUAUGUGAGUGGUGAAGUCUUGACCAUUGACGGUGGGUGGAUGGGACGGUGA